AGUUUGAUAGGGGUUACUAGCAUUGCUAACUAGUAUUUCUAUAGAUAUAUGUGUAUUUGAUAGUAUUGACUAUUUAUUUCAUUGGCCCGCAUAAAUGCAAGGGCCCGCAUGACUUUCACUAUUCCACUUAGAAAGUGGGUCUACCCUUCCCCUUGAGUUAUUUAGUAUUGCUUUCUACAGUACCAACUACUAAUUUAUAUCUGACUAAUUUAUCCCCACACCAACCACCACAUUCUCGAUUCACUUCAGAAAAUAAAAUUGGGGGAACCGAAAUUCAAACAAAAAAAAUCAAAAGCGCGAGGAGAAAAAUCCUGCUCCAGUACAUAGAUUGUCUUCUUCAAAUAGAGGGGAAAUAUCUAUUUCUUCUAGAGGGAAAUCGACUGCUCGCCGAUAAGUCCAACGAAAAAGUAUGGGUAAUUUUUGUUAAAUCUUUUCUAAUCCACGUAUGUCUCUGUUGGCUUGAGGUUUCUCAUGUAUAAAAUUUUUGAUUCAAUGUUGUUUGGUUUUGAACUCUGGGAUGCCGUUGGUAGCUAGGUUUUAGAUGGUUGUUUGUGUUCAAUUGCUGUUUGAUUUCGAAAUCAUGGAGAAAUGUAUUCUUUUUGUCAAAUUUUGUUGUUUGAUUUUGACUGAUAUGUGUGUUUUGAUUUUGGUUCGGUGAUGUGUAUACAUAUAUUCAUCUGGAUAUCAGUUCGUUUAUGGUUGAUGUUGUUAUUUUUUUUCUUUCAAAAUUUGAUGUUAUUGGUUCUAUGUUUCAGAUGUUAGGGUACUUGUUGUUGAUGAAAUUAUGUGAACCGAGUUUAGUAAUCUGAAAAGUUGUGAUUCCUACCAGAUUGAGUACAUAUUGCUGUUACGAUGAGCGCCUGAAUUUUAACUCCAUUAUAUUUAUUUCAGUUUAGAUGUGGUUUACAUGAAAGUGCUCAUGUGGUGUGUGUUGUUUCUAAAAUGCAGCCUUGUAGUUAUAGCUUGAAAUCAUCAUGCCAUCUGACGAGAGUGAUAUUAUUUGCGUGUAUUUGUUGAUGGAAGAGUUGUUCCAUCAACAGUUAAAUCUAAUAUUGAUAGCCUAUUACAUUAUGCUUAAGAUGAGAACACGUAAACGUAAGAGAUUGGUUAGAGCUGCCACCUUUGGGUAUAUUGAACGGAUGCUCGAACAAGAGAAUCAUAUGAACAGGCUAGUAGGAGUGACUGAUGUAGAUUGCAUUGCAAACUUAAGAAUGGAUAGGAACACAUUUGGUAGGUUGUGCCUUUUGUUACGUGAUCUAGGCGGGUUGACUGAUGGGCGGUACGUUAGUGUAGAGGAGCAAGUGGGAAUCUUUUUAUCAGUCUUGGCACACCACAAGAAGAAUCGGGUUGUUAGGUUUGAUUUCUGGAGGUCUGGGCAAACCGUUUCACGAUUUGUCCAUGUCGUUUUAAAGUCAAUAUUAAAACUGCAUGUCAUUCUACUUGUAAAACCUGUACCCGUACCGGAAGAAUGUACAAACGGCAGGUGGCGGUGGUUCAAGGGAUGCUUGGGUGCUCUUGAUGGUACAUACAUAAAUGUUAUGGUACCCAAUGACGAUAAACCGAGGUACCGGACAAGGAAGGGCCAGAUUUCAACAAACACUUUGGCUGUAUGCGAUCGCUCAUCAAGGUUUGUCUACGUGUUACCUGGAUGGGAGGGGUCAGCGGCUGACUCACGGAUAUUGCGGAAUGCUCUUGUGCGUGAAAACGGCUUGAAGGUCCCUAAAGGCAACUAUUACCUAUGCGACAAUGGUUAUGCAAAUAGCGAAGGAUUCCUUACGCCGUACAAAGGGAUACGAUAUCAUUUGAAGGAGUGGGGGCCGAAUAAUGCACGACCUCAGAACGCAAAGGAAUUAUUCAACCUUAGGCAUGCGAAAGCGCGGAAUGUGAUCGAGCGUGCAUUCGGGAUUCUAAAAAUGCGCUGGGGUAUAUUACGAAGUGCAUCUUUUUACCCUGUAAAGACACAAAAUCGCCUAAUAAUGGCUUGCUUUAUCCUUAACAACUUCAUCCGCAAUGAGAUGCCAGUCGACCCUAUCGAGCAACAAUACGAUAAUGCAGCUGCAAAUGAAGAUGACAACCUCGAUAAUGAUACUGAAUUUAUUGGUGCUAUUGAGUCUUCGCCACAGUGGAACGCCGAGAGAAAUGCUAUAUCUAACUCGAUGUGGCACCAGUAUAUCAAUCAUUAUUGAGUUGAUUUAGGGAUGUUUGUAUUAGUUGGAACCUUGUUAGUACUUUACUUGUAGUUGGUAUAACAUUUCGAUAAUGAGACAGUAGCUGUGUUAUGAAUUUGUUUGUGUGUGCUGCGCUGGCGCAUCUUUGUUACCAAUGAUCGCAAUACUCUUCUGCAGGUGAGCCGCAUUAGCCGACAGAAUUCAUGACAACUUCCUUGGUCGUUGAUUCGCUACAAACUAGCGUCGGGCGUCAAGUUGGAUUUAGGUUUGACGAACAGGUCCAGAUGCCCAUUUUCUUGGUGAUUGCUCUCACAGCUAUCAUAGGAAUUGUAAUUGGUAAACUUAUUUAGGCGUCGAUUUAGUUUCGAUGUUAUUGGUGGAAAACUUUUUGGAAUGAUUGGCAUAUGUUUUGGCUCGAGAGCACAUUAUGUUUGUAAUUGCUAUUUUUAUUUUAUUUGAGAAUCUUAUGAAUGCAGAACUUAAGUAGAAUUAUUUUUAUGGUUUCACUAA